CGGAGGUCUUCUGAUCGCGUCUGGAUCUCGCGAUGACUCGGAGCUCGAUGAACCGGUCUGGAGCCAUUCCCACAGUGCACCGCGGCGACAAUGGCUGGAAUACUGAAGAAAACCACUGGGUUGGUGGGUCUUGCUGUGACCCAGAAUCCUCAUGAGACGUUGAGAAUCCUGUACACCAGAAUUCUUGCUGUCCUGCAAUCCAUCCCUCAGGAUGCAGCCUAUAGGAAGUACACCGAGCAGAUCGUCAAUGAAAGGUUUAACUUGGUAAAAUCGGAGCAUGAUGUUCAAAAACUGGAAGACAAAAUCAACUGUGGGCAGAUAGAGGAAGUCAUUUCACAGGCUGAGGAUGAACUUUCUCUGGCACAUAAAAUGGCCAAGUGGAAACCUUGGGAACCAUUAAUAGAAGAAGCUCCUCACAACCAAUGGAAAUGGCCAAUUUAAACUUUAUGUAAAUUACUUUGCUUUAUUUGGGAAACGGUACUGUCUGUUCUGUCAAUUCCAACCUGUAUAAAUGUUAUUAAAAUGAAUCUCUGACAUGU